AAUAUAUCUUUGAUGCUUUUAUGUAGUUUACCUAUUAUUUAUUUAAAAAUGGCAUCAAGUGGCUUAAAUAAUAAUACUUGUAAAUUUAAAGCUAUUGAUAAAAAAUAUAAUUGUGAUAUUUUAAUUACAUUUCCAGAAGUGAUUAAUGGUAAAAUUGAUACAAAAAAAUUUUUAGAUGCAUCCCUAGCCACUGCAGCAGUUCUUGAUAAAGUCAACAAAAUUUUUACACCAAUAAAAUACAUCAUUCAAAAUAAUGUUGAGAAAAUUAUGAAAAAAUAUCAAGCUAAUGUAAGAGAAUAUUCAACUAUUCAAGAUCUUAUUUUAUCAGAAAAAAAUUACAGUAAAAAAAUGAGCGUAACAGAUUCUUUAAUUUGGCUUUUAAGAGGAUUGAAAAUGGUGAUGUUAUUCAUUGAAGAAAUAGUAAAGAGUUCAAAAACAGGCGAAUUUAUUGAAGAUCUAGGAGCCAACAUUAGAUAUAGUUAUAAAAAAUCAUUAGAGCCUUACCAUGAUUGGAUGGCUAUUCAAUUAUUUAGUCUUUUAAUUAGAAUGGCUCCAACCAAAUCAAAAUUGAUGCUCGCAUUAGCAAAUGAUUUACCGAAUAGGGAAGAGCAAGUUCUUCAAGCAAUGGAAUAUUUUACAAAUGGACUAAAAACUAACUUGAUAAAUCUGGAAUUUUUCAUAAAUGAUAAUAAUUUGGAUGUAAUUUCAUAAAUUUUCCAAUUUAUUCUUCUUUUCAAUACUGAUUUAAAGCUAACGGCCAUUCGAAUUUUUGUCAAUAUUACAAAUUUGUGAUGCAUAAAAUUGUUUCAAGUUAUGUGCUGCAAUAUUAUUCAAAGUCAUGGUACAUGACAUAAUUUCAAUACUCAAUAGAGUAAUCAUCAUUCCAGUUGUAAUUUUUUCAAUGAAAUAUGAUAACAUAUUUCCUUCUAAUAAUAUAAACAUCAAUAGUGGAAAUUGAAGUAAUGUUGAUAUGAACCAAAAACUAGCCAACUCAGGAAUCUAAAAUAAUAUAACAAAAUUAAAUAUUCAUUGAAUUACAAAUUUAAAUUAACUUCAUUUUAUAUAUUUGAAAUUAUUAAAUAAAUUACCUUUUCCGAUAAAUUACCAAUAUAUCCUAAAUAUAACUUGAUACAUUCAAUAAUACUGAUUAAUGUAUAAGUACUGAUAUUGAGGCAUCGAUAUAUGUUGCUUAAGUUGUAAUACUAGGAGAUACGUUUUAUCAAUUAUCAUUAAUAAUAAAAUAUAUAAAAAAA